AUGAUUGCCCGUCGAAGCACAACGCUCCUCACCAUCGUCAUAUCUGUCGGCCUACUGUUAGUGAUAUUCUCUUCCUCGACACAGCCCGAAUCCUUCAACGAGGAGAUAUCAGUUGCUGCCAAAUAUGUACCGAAGCUUCCGUCUCUCAACGAUGUGCAUCUCCCAACCUUUCGUCCGCCAGCGCACAAACCCCCGGAACCGCAGGAGGACAGUUCGAGCGGAGACACGAAGUGGUUCAACAACUGGGCCUGGCUGAACCCUUUUUCAUCCUCCAUCACCCUUGACGAAGACCGAUCCGUGCUUCCGCCCCUCCCAGAGCGACCGUGGAUCUUCACAUACUACAAUCCAAAGAAAGGCCAGGAUCGGGAAGGAAAUAAUGCAGACGCGGAGCUUCUCGUUGCUUGGCGGCGAGCUUGGUACGCUCAGGGCUUUCGACCGGCAGUUCUUGGUCGCAGCGAAGCUUUGGCCAAUCCACUAUACGAGUCUGUCCAACAAUUGGAUUUGAGCCCCGAACUGCAGGAUGACGUGUUCAAGUGGCUUGCAUGGGGCCACAUGGGCGAUGGGCUCCUUGCUGAUUGGCACUGCUUUCCGAUGGCGAGAUAUGAUGAUGCGACUCUAUCGAAGCUGCGCCGGGGUCCCGGAUCGGAGUAUAUUACAUCUUUCUCUAGCGCUGCACUGUUAUCCGGCAAAAAGGAGACAAUUAAUGGUGUGAUCAAGACGGCAGUCAAUAACGCCAGGAAAGAGUCAAGAUCGUUGGUGGAAUUGCUACCGGACGGUUUGAUCAAACCCGAGCAGACCAACUCUCUGGCCGUUUAUGAUUCGGCAACAAUCGCUAAUCAUUACCCUGCCGUCACCGAGAAAACGGCCUCGCCAACUGCUGAUCGGCUAGCGGAACUCAUCAACUCUCACCUGCAUACAACCUUCCAGAACUCCUUCCCAGGAGGGUUGGUUGUCCUAAAACCUUUCGCUGAACAUACCACAGCCUUGGUUGAGCCAGCAUUGCGCCUGGCCAGAGCACUCGGUCAAUGCGCGCAUUCCAUUGCGCCCCAGUCUUGCCCGCCGAAUUUGCUAAAAUGCCACCCUUGCGAUGACCGCAGGCCGAUGAAGAUCAGUCAGCCCGCCACGUACAAGAAUAACUCUCAGACCUUCACGAUUGCAACCCUUCCACACCCAUAUACUCUCAUUAGCUUGCUGCAGAAUUCCGCCGAGGUUACAACACGCCACGUUCGGAGGGAAACAGCCCGAGAUGAGUGGCUUAAGGAGGUGACCAGUCAGCAGUUGGGACGUGAACUAGGCGGUGGUCCUCGAGCAGUCGUGACUAAGAAAGCUAUAGCCGAACGGCCAGCCCUUGGUACCUCGCUCUGGAUGACCGUUGAAUCGUUACCGGCCGAGGCUGGUCAAGCUCUUCCGAGUACCCUGCUGGAUGAAUUCGAGUGGCAGUUCGGUUUCAAGAUACCUCGCGAUACCAAUGUUGAUGCCAAGAACGAGGGCCACAGCAAAGAAACGAUGCAGCAUGCCAAUCCGAGUACUCAAGGUGUGGAAAGGGAGUAUGAAAUCAUCAGGCAAGCUAGAGAUCUGCUGAAGAAGAAGUCCAACCGAGUCAACAUUAGAAGUGUGACAGAGGCCUGGAAUAUGGCAGAUACGGAGAUCUGGAAGUUUGUGAAGGCAUAUAGGGCGCGGAGCAUUGUUGAACGGAAGAAGUGGGAGGAGAGCGAAAAGGACUUUCUAGGUCCGCAGCCGAAGAAGUGA